CUGGUUGAGCAGAUUUGCAUUGGUCAGAAAUCCUGUAGGUGCAGCCGAUGGCCAUGAAGCAUUCAGCAGACUUUUAACAGAAAUCUCCACGGUGUCAUUCUUCUACAAUCUCGUUGGAUGCAAGUUUACGCUUGAAACUCGUGGAAUACUGUAAGCGGUGUUGUGGUUGAAUCUGGGAAGUGGUCACAGAAUCUCAACAUGGCAGACAGCAUCAUGAGCAAAGCAGCGACCAUGGAAAUCCCCAUCAACAGCAACGGAGACUCCAGAACACUGGGAGAAGAUGAUGGCCUCGAACAGGCUACUCAUUGGAACUUAGAUGAGAAGGACCUCCAACAGGUGAUGGUGUCCGGGCCCAACCUGAACGAAACCAGCAUCGUGUCCGGAGGCUACGGAGGCGCAGCAGAGGGCAUAAUCCCCACCAGCUCCAUCAAAGGCCCUGCCAUCCGCUAUAACCCUGAAUACUUGGGCAGAAGAAAAUCGGCUGAACCCAAAGAAGACCUGCGCAACAAAUCACGCGGCAUCAUCCCCAGCCAAUCAGCGGCCAGCCGGAUAGCCAGCCAGGCACAGCAGUACCCAGCUCCCAGCAUGCACCACAGUAACAGCAACCCAUCUAUGAUGGCGGAGGAGGCAACACGAGGCGUCGCCGUGGAGAAGUUUGACAGUGUGAAGAAGUGGGGCAUUAACACAUACAAAUGUACGAAGCAGAUGUUUUCGGAGCGUUUCGGCCGAGGUUUGCGCACGGUGGACCUGGAGCUGGAGACUCAGAUCGACCUGCUGCGCGACACCAAGAGCAAGUACGAGAGCGUGCUGCGCCUGGCCAGCGCCCUCACCAGCCACUUCUACAACAUGGUGCAAACCCAGCAGGCCCUGGGGGACAUCUUUGCUGACCUCAGCCAGAAGUCACCCGAGUUGCAGGACGAGUUUGGGUACAACGCCGAGACCCAGAAGCUGCUUUGCAAGAAUGGCGAAACCUUGCUGGGCGCAAUCAACUUCUUUGUGUCUAGCGUGAACACACUAGUAAACAAGACCAUGGAGGACACGCUGAUGACCAUCAAGAUGUAUGAGAAUGCCAGGCUGGAGUUUGAUGCGUACCGGGCGGACCUGGAGGAGCUGAGCGCGGGGCCCCGUGACGCAGGCACCAUGGUGCGGAUGGAGAUGGCUCAGCAGCAGUACCAGGUCCAAAGAGAGAAGUACGAGCGGCUGCGCAGCGACGUCUCCAUCAAACUCAAGUUCCUGGAGGAGAAUAAGGUCAAGGUAAUGCAUAAGCAGCUGCUCCUCUUCCACAACGCCAUCUCGGCCUACUUUGCAGGCAACCAGCAGCAGCUGGAACAGACUCUCAGACAGUUCAACGUCAAGCUCAAACCCCCCGGCUCAGACAAGCCAUCCUGGCUGGAGGAACAGUGACCCUCCACCCCACACUACCCGACCAAAACAAGAGAAACGCAACGAAAAAUGAUCUUUCUUACAGUGGACACACACAUACACACAUACACACACACACACAUACACACAUGCACAGCACACACAGAGAGACUGAUGGAGGGAUAAACAGACGGGCAGAAGGUUGCAUAAGUGGACAGAACAAGAUGGAAGGAAUAUGCCAGAAGGAGAGGAAGAGGCAUGUACUGUAUAUAACUAGUGUCAAGAGAGGGGCCAGUGACAACACGCAAUAUUGUGGCAGGGGUUCUCUCCCUUCCCCCAUCGUCUUUCUCUUUCAUUGUGUUCUGUUUUUUUUCUUCUUUCUUUUCUUUUUGCCCUUAUAUCUGUGUUUCUUUUGUUUUUGAAAGCCUUUCUUUCGUUCCAGAUUUUGAGUUUGAAUUGUCAAAACUACAGUCUUCACUCCAUGUUGUAGUUACACAGAAGGUCCUUAAACCAUAGGAAUGUUUUGUACUGAGGAAUGGAUGGAUGGAUGGAUGAACGAAUGAGUGAAUGUCACUUGUCAUAUUUAAAGAAAGUGUCAGUGAAUGGAAUCAGAAAGAGUCACUUUAUAGUUAUGUCCAUGUUGAUUAGGAUUAUGUUGUAUAUUAGAUCAUAGUUUGCAGGUUCAUACUUGGAGACAUGUUAGUGACUACACUUAUGUUAUCAGUGCAACAUUAUUAUGCUGGGGAAGAACAAGGGAAAAAGGAAAGACAAUGUAGCCAGAUUUAUAUAUGGAAGUUAUUUAUGAAUUCAUUAGACCUACAGUAAUUGUCACUUUUAUUUAUUUUCAUGUUAUUUUGCGUUCAACAUUAUAACUGUGCUUAUAUUGCUUACUGUAGUUGUCAUUUUCUAUUUGUUUUUCAGACGUAUCAUUUGUUCAAUGAUAACAGAACCAGGAUGUUGUUAUAGUAUAUAGAAUUACUGUAGUACGCACCUUACAUCCUUUGCACUGUGUGCUAUGCACACAGCUAUGUGAUGAUGGUUCAUUUCAAUGCAGUAUCGCUGGCAGUUAUUUAAAACACUCCAUAUCUUAUACUAUUUUGCAUUUUGUGACUUCUGAAGCAUACCACUCAAACUCAAACAUGAAGGCUAGGACCGUGUCAGGGUGAUGACCAAAUACACGGAAAUACUGUUCGUUCACAGACAUAGGAGUCACUCCAAAAUUCAAGUUUACUGGUACUGGUUGGCUUGGUUUUAACAUAGCGUGACUGAUGGGGCUUUUUACAGUCAAAAUAUAAGCAAGAGAUCAGUCCGGUGCCACCAUUGCUCAAAUGAUUUUGCUGUUUUCAAGAAAGAGUGGUCUCUUGGUCCCCAUUUAACUAGACCUUUCAACUUAAUUGAUCUGAACGACCAAUGGUUUGCAGUUGUGUUUGUUAACCAGCACAGCUCAAUCAAGUAAACUCAUCUGAAUGAAUACAAUCUUCAUUCUUUAACUAUAACAGUUCUAUGGUAACUGGUAACUUGUGCCACUCUGAUGGAAGGUCUUCCUGAAGUCACAUGACAUGGAAGUAUUUAUUGUAGAAAUUUUGAUUUUUGAUAUAUAUAUUCUUUUUUUAGAACCUGCACAUCCACUGAACCUCUCUAAUGCCAUUUGCUAUUAGUGUUGCCAAUCAUCAUGCAUAGUUUACAAUCAGUGUGAUAUAUUUCAUAAAACACCUCGUCUUGUGGACUGUAGAGUUAUGUAUCAUUUUGCGAGAGGAUUUUUGUUAUGAGUUUAUUCAUAAGUGGCACAAAUCCAUUGUACACUCCUGUUGAAGAGCAGUUCCCAUGUUUAAGAAGUGAGCUCAGUGACACACGAUUUUCCUCUGUACUAUGAGGCAUUGAGGCAGAUAUAUGUGAUUUUCCUCUGAACUACUGUAUGAGGCAGAUACAAGUGAUUUUCCUCUGAACUAGGAGGCAAACUUAUUUGUAACACUGUAAUGCAACACUCGUUCCAUCUAUUCCCCAAUGAAUAUUUGUCUUUGUUUAACUGGAUUGAUGGGAUCAUGGAAGGUUUAUAAAAGAAUAUUGUUUGCAUAUAAUCUAUUUUUUUAGGCUGGUGUGUCAUAUUCUAAUGUUGUGCGUGAAUGGAAAAGCAGGACUAAUCAACAAUAGGGCCUAUGUAAAUGUAAAAGUAACCCAGUUAUCUUGCUCAUGUAAAUGUCUUGUGAAAUGCCCUUACAGCGACCCCUAUGUAAUUGGCAAAAGUAGUCGAAUCAUGGUAUGAUUAAAAACGAAAUAGUUUACCUUGUGUUGGUGAUA